GAGAAUGAGGGGAAGGGCAAAGGGAAUACCGAGGAGGCGGAGCGAAGGGGAGAAGAAGCGUACGCGGGAGAAGGAUUCGCGCGCUGUUGAUUGUAAGACGCACAUCUUUCUUCUGCCUGGGAGCUACCUGUCAUGCUGUUUCCAAUGCACAUCCAAACAUUAUCUGUCCGCUGGGACGAUGGCGUUCGAGUCACUUCCUACUGGAAACGGACUGGCCGUGUUCGCAGUUAGGGGCAGCAAGCGAGAGCACCACAUUGCGUUGUGAGCGCUCCGAUGUCUGCCUGACAUCUUAAUCGCAUUCGCCAACAAAACGCUGGAUGGCCCUGAAUUUUAAGAGCUCCGGGCAAGCUCCGCCGCACGCUCCUGAAAUGUGCCUAGUGGCCUUCUCGAAGUCCACGAGGGUCAGCUUGCCUCGCGUAUCCCUCAAGAUGUUGUCGAGGUGAAGGUCGUUGUGCACCACAUCGCAUUUGUGGACUCCGUGCAGCAGCUCAUACACCUCCUGG